UCAGGGAUUCUUACAGAUUGCCUGCUUCAGAUUCUCUGUAAUAGAGGAUUAUAGGUGCUUUAAGUCUACGUAUAUUUUGAAAACUUCAGUUUUCCUAUGAGUCACUAAAAGGAAAGACGCCUAUUUUAAAAUUUAAAUUUUUCUUUUUACUUUUUUAAAUGAGUAUACUUAAUACCACAGAGAGACUUUGGAGACAGUAUAGAAAAUUGCUAAAUCAGUGGUGAAAUAUGAGAACGCCCAAAUUCUGGAAAUCAGUGCUUUAGAAAAGAUUUACUUGAUAUAACACUUAUUCUGUUUGUCUUGUUGAAUCCUUGAUGAUAUUGUAAUUUGACUUUUGUAUUCUUAAAAAAAUGCAGUUUUUAGAUUUAGAUUGGCAACUAAGGUGAUGUCGGCUGCAAGGAAUGUAAAUGUUUAUUUUACAGUAUCUCUAAAAAAAAUGUUUUUCUCUGUCCUUGAGUGAUAUUUAUUGGGAGAAAGUGUUGGCCCUUAACAUAAUUGGCUCUAUUAUUAGAAAGUUGUGUGUUUGAAAGCUGUAUUUUGAAGCAGAUCUUCAGUUCUCCUGCCCAGGCCACACUUUCUGAUUUUGGUAGCCGCAGUAAGAUUUUUAGCAUGCUGGUUUAGAAAGCAAUUUAAAUAAAGGACAUUUGGUAAUUAUUUCUGUUCAUUUUCAUCUUGGUGCUUCCAACAAAUUUGUCUAGCCUUUUAGGUAGUUUUGAAUCUUUAUUCUCUUAUCUGUAAUAUUUACACAACAUUUCUAGCGUUGUGACGAUUGAAUACUUGGAACUUUUCAAAGUACUUCCUUUGUCUUCAUUUAACCAAUCUGGAAGAAUCUGGCGAUGCUGCAGAAGGUGGUUGUUUCCACCGCAGGCAACAGGUGGGCUUUGGGUGUUCCGUCUUUCAUUUACUCUGUCUUUGAAAAUGUUAUUCUAAAGAAAACUUUUGGAGGUUUCUUAGAUACUCAGAAGAUCCAUUCACAUGGUCACCUGUUCCACCAAAUUAGUAAACAUAAUAAAAAGGAAAAUCGGGUUAGGAUGGUUAGCGAAGUCACUGAGUGGACUUUGAGUCAUUGUUAUAUUCUUUCCCAAAUGCUAAUAAACCUUUUUCAGGCUCUAGAAUAUUGCAGUUGUAAGUUUGUCUCCUCACUUGAUGGGGUCUCAUAUUCUGGUUUUAAGUUCUCCUGUUGCUCAGAAUUCUGAUAGUGACUCAGAAACAGCAAUCAAGUUUCUUCAGUACCCAGGGAAGUAGUUCAUCUGGUCCUGAAAACUCCAGUGAAUUGAUCUGAGACAGAUGCUUGCUCGCCAUCUUCUUAGGCUUCUAAUGAUUUACUGUUUAUGUACCAUUAGUACAUUACUGCUGUAUUCUCCAGCAUCCAGGAGGGCCUGCAAACACAGAGCUGUCUCGAUUACCCAGUAGAAAAGUUUCUGCAGUAAGUAAACUUGUGCGUGAUAUCUGAUGAAGGAAACACAAGUCACGUGACUUGUUCCUUCCCUUAUUUGUGAUGUUCUUUUGAAAAUGGUGCCAGUAGCUCCUUUUCUGCCUACUUCUGGAGUGGAAAAUAAAGCGGGAGAACCAACCUUGACAUUACCUUGUAAAUACAGGUAGUGGAGGAAGAAAUUAAACUGUGGAUGUUGGAGCUCAAAUUCUUUCUCCCUAUUUGUUCACCAGAGCUCUGUUAGGAGUAAGAUUCAGAGAGAAAUUGAGACCUGACAGGUAGCACACAGCAGUCAACAUUUUAGUGUGUUAAUGGGUUGUUUCCUCCACCUCCCCUGUACCAUUGAAUUUGACUUAUGAAGGUAGUAGAGUGCUUUAUUUAUUUACUUUGACUUUACAACAUUUAUUCAUGAUGCCAAGGCAGAGAGUAUUAUCCUGGUAUAGACCCAUUACUAUUUUCUUCCAUGUCCAUAGACUGCUCACAACUCUGGCAAGUUAACUUUGCCUGAAAUUGGUCGGACCUCAAAGACAGUAUGAAUGAAUGGAUUGAGUAUGAAUGAAUCAAUUACAUCUGUCAACAUAAGUGAAAAACUUAAAAAAAAAUCUACAGUUAUUAGAUAAGUCAAACUAUAUUCAAUUAAAUUUUUAUGUCUUCUUACUUAAUUAUUGUAACUGUAGUGGCAUGUGCUCUUAAAAUCUGGAACUGAAAGAUUUACACAGCCUACAAAUAAAUGUAAGCUUGGACUACUUAGACACUUUGUAAAAUCUCUCCAUACAUGUUCAUUAAAAUAGAAAUAUUCAGAGCCUUUUGUUUGAUCCACGGUUUUCUUAGUAGAUCUUCUAGCCUGAUUCCUGGCAAAGGUUACCAUAUUGCCACUCACCUAGCCAGUUGUUUGGAUGGACCAGUUUCCUCCCGAGUAGAAAACAGUUGUUUGGGAAUCAACAAUUUCGUAACAAAAUCCUUCAACAUAAUGCCAUGAUAGGUAAAUGUCCUAAGCAUAAAAGUCACUGGAUUUUUACUUAUACAUUCUGAUGAAUGUGUUUUUGUGGUAUUUUGCCAAGCUAGGAAGUGAGAUCAAAUGGAUAUUGAUGAGUACCCCAUGGCAACAGUUCGUUUGCUCAGAGUGAACUAUAACUUGGAAGCCUUCUUUAGAAUGAAGAGGAACAAUUUAUCUCUUGUGAAUAAAAUCGUCCGGUCUUCACCAGCAGUGAAACAACCAAAAGUUGGCUUCUUCUCUUCUCUCAAUCACAACCACAUGCACACUGUCCUUCUAGACUGGGGGAGUUUGCCUCACUAUGUAGUAUUACGCAUUUUUCAGUAUCUUCCUUUAAUAGAUCGGGCCCGGGCGUCUUCAGUUUGUAGGAAAUGGAAUGAAGUUUUUCAUAUUCCUGACCUUUGGAGAAAGUUUGAAUUUGAACUGAACCAGUCAGCGACUUCCUAUUUUAAGUCCACACAUCCUGAUCUCAUUCAGCAGAUCAUUAAAAAGCAUGCUACCCAUCUCCAGUAUGUUAGCUUUAAGGUGGAUAGUAGUACUGAAUCAGCGGAAGCUGCCUGCGAUAUACUUUCUCAGCUGGUAAAUUGUUCUAUCCAGACCUUGGGCUUGAUUUCAACAGCCAAGCCAAGUUUUAUGAAUGUGUCAAAGUCUCAUUUUGUGUCAGCACUUACAGUUGUCUUUGUCAACUCAAAAUCAUUAUCAUCGAUCAAAAUUGAAGACACACCAGUGGAUGAUCCUUCAUUGAAAAUUCUUGUGGCCAAUAAUAGUGAUACCCUAAGACUCCUAAAAAUGAGUAGCUGUCCGCAUGUUUCCUCUGAUGGAAUCCUUUGUGUAGCUGAUCGCUGUCAAGGCCUUAGAGAACUGGCAUUGAAUUAUUACAUUCUAAGUGAUGAUCUUCUCCUAGCACUUUCAAGUGAAACUCAUGUUAACCUAGAGCAUCUUCGAAUUGAUGUCGUGAGUGAAAAUCCUGGGCAAAUUGAAUUUCAUUCUAUUAAAAAACAAAGUUGGGAUGCACUUAUCAAACACUCCCCUGGAGUGAAUGUUGUUAUGUAUUUCUUUUUAUAUGAAGAAGAAUUUGAGGCAUUCUUCAAAGAAGAAACCCCUGUUACUCACCUUUAUUUUGGUCGCUCAGUAAGUAAAGCGAUUCUAGGACGGAUAGGUCUUAACUGUCCGCGACUAAUUGAGUUAGUGGUAUGUGCUAAUGGUCUUCAGACUCUUGAUACUGAACUUAUUUUUAUUGCUGAACACUGUAAAAACUUAACAGCCUUGGGCCUCAGUGAAUGUGAAGUUAGCUGCAGUGCGUUCAUUGAAUUUGUAAGACUGUGUGGGAAAAGACUAACCCAGCUCUCUGUAAUGGAAGACGUUUUGAUCCCUGAUGAUGAGUAUAGCCUAGAUAAAGUUCACACUGAGGUCUCCAAACAUUUGGGAAGAAUGUGGUUCCCUGAUGUCCUGCCUGUCUGGUGAUCGGCUUCCAAAGAUUCUUAAUUUUUAAAAAAUUAUUAAAAUUAGCUUCUUUCUUUCUAUGCAAAUAUAAAUUUUAAGAUAUAUUGCUGAACUAUUUUAGGUAAAAUAUCUUAUCAUUUGCAAACUGUCUUAAUGGAUUGGAAUAGAAACAUUUGAAAAAAAAUAUGAGAAAUGGAAAAAGCCAGAAAUUUCCAUAAAUAGGACAUAGAUCCUAUAUUGUGCGUUAGGUAGUUGAUAGGCUAAAAACUGCAUAUUGUUUGUACUUGAGUUCGUUAGCCUUUGCUGAAGGUACAUUUUAGCUUGCUCAAUAAAUUUAUAAUAUUGAGCUUUGGAUCCCUAAAUUAUGACAUUUGUAACUUUAUACUGCUUUAAUUGCUUCUCUUUCAUCUUGGUAUGAGUAUGUUUUACAAGAUAUAUAGGAUUAAAUCCAAGAGUAAAAUAAAAGUAUAGACACAGAAGCUGACUUAAUUGUACUUAAUUUUUAGCACUACAUAAGAUCAUAUUAUAACUCAAUAAACAAUUUCUAAUUUCUAACACAUUGAAUUCUACUUCAUUUAACUCAGGAGAAGAUGGGCAUUAGAUC